AUGCGCAGGCCCAAUGGGGCAGGUGAUGGUAUGAGUGGCCUCCAAGAGCCACCAGCGGGUCCAGCCAGCUCCUCAGCCUGGGGCAGAAGGGCCACUCGUCCAGGAGCCUGGGGUGUCUCCAGUCACCGCUGGCGGUGCCCGGCCCAGCAAGUGGGUCUGCACAGGUCUAAGCUCUGGGCCCCUGCCCUCCCGGCCCGCUGCUUGGAGGCUUUCCAGGCUGGAGUCCAGGAUGAUCUGUCCAGCAGGCUGGCUUCAGGGAGUCCCACGGCCCUGGAGUCCUGCAGACCAGAUUCUGGGUUCCCCAGUCUGGGGGAGCCCAUCACUGUCUCGGGGACCAGGGUGGCCCACGCCCAAACUGAAGCAACGGCAGGGGACGGCCUCCUGGGCUGGGGACCCGGCUCCCAGCAGCCCCUGCCUGAGGAGGCCCACGGUGCCACGCUGCUACCCCUGCGGCUCGACAGACCCUGGAUCUCCACCGGCUGCGAGGUGCGCCCGGGACCCGGGUUCCUCACCCGCGCCGACACCUUCUACCCCAACCGCCUCUUCCGCGCCUACCAGUUCCGCUACGGGGACCCCGCGUGCCGGGAGCCCGCGCACUCGCUGCUCAUCCCGGGCCGGCUGCGUCUGCUCCGCGCCUCCUGGGUCACGCGGGGGGCCACCGAGGCCGACUACCACCUGCACAAGGUGGGCAUCGUCUUCCACAGCCGCGGCGCCCUGCUCGACGCGGCCGGGCGCCUGGAGCGGAGCCCCGCGGGCCCGCCCUGCGCCCGCCGGCUGCCCCCCGCGCGCGCCUGGCUGCCCGGGGCCGCGUACGAGCUGCGGGGCGCCGGGGCCCGGCCGGACUGCGCGGCGGCGCUGGGCGUCAGCAUGCACGAGCUCAGCCGUCCGCGCGCCCCGCCGCGCCUGGUCGAGGAGCUGUACCUCGGGGACAUCCACACCGACUGCGCCGAGCGCCGCCACUACCGGCCCACCGGCCACCAGCGCCCGCUGCAGAGCGCCCGGCACCACGCUCAGCCCUGCCCUGCCUGCGGCUUCACCGCCCGCUCAGACGUGCACCACCCGCCCGUCCUGCCCGCCCAGGCGGCCCAGCCCCUGCCGCUGCUGCUCGGUGGCCGCUGGGUCAGUGCGGGCUGCGAGGUGCGCCCGGCCGUGCUCUUCCUCACCAGGCUCUUCACCUUCCAGCACAGUCGCUCCUGGGAGGGCCGCUACCAGCACUUCUCGGACCCAGCCUGCCGGCGGCCCACCUUCUCAGUGUCGGCUACUGGCCAGUACGCCGGGGGCACACCCUCUGCCAAGGUGCGCGGCGGCACCGAGCUGGUGUUCGAAGUCAUGCGCGCCUGUAUGACCCCCAUGGACCGGGCCACCACGGCCCUGCUCAACUCAUCCAGGCCGGGCAGCUGCGGGGAGCCGGGGGCCUGGGCCCUGGGGGCCGAGCAGGACGUCACAGCCACCAACGGCUGCCUGCCGCUGGGCAUCAGGCUUCCGCACGUGGAGUACAAGCUCUUCAGGAUGGAGCUGGGCCCCAGCGGCCAGAGCCUGCUCUUCAUCGGCCAGAGGCCCACGGAUGGCUCGAGCCCCGACACCCCGGAGAAGCGCCCCACGUCCUACCAGGCACCCCUGGUCCUCUGUGAGGGGGUGGCCCGGGACUUCUCCAGGCCCCUGCAGCUCCAGCCCCUGCUGGGGAAACCACAGUGUGGUGGGGGGCCGUGUCCCCAGCUGCUUGUCAACGAAGCCUGUGCCACGUGGGGCUGGGCUCAGAAGUCGGGGACAAGUCUGCACCUGACCUGCCCUUGGGUGCCACUGUGGCAACGUCGCCAUGCUGCUGAGACCCUCAACCCUGGCUCCCGAUACUCGUCCGUCAUCCCCGGCAGUCUGCAGACCACUGCCCGCCAGCGAGCUGCCUCGGGGGUCAGCCGCCCACUGGCACCCGCCCACCCCCUUGCCUUCCUGUGGGAUGGACUUUUGGAUGAAGGGGGCCUCAUCUGGGAUGAGAACCGUGGGCUCCCCGGGGCAGGCCACAGCCUCCGGGCCCCCCUCGCCCACGCUGAGACCCGCGUGCACUGGGCUGGCCGCUGGGGGCAAGUCUGUGGCGGAGAACAACCUUCCCAUACUAAUGACAGUGGAAAUGCCAGCAUCCUCUGGGCACCCACUGCCCCCAGAGAAUCCCAGUUCGCUGCCAGUGUGGCCUGCGAGGCCUCCGGCUGCUGCCCGCCUCGCCAGGCUGCCCGCGCCACGGCCCAGGCACACGGUGUCUUUCUGAUCCCUUAUCGCACCACAGCUGGCUCCUGCCCCGGGAGCUUUGCACCUGCCAUGGGUGGUGCCUGA